CAGGGGGGGAGCUGGGGUGAAAGCAGGGCGCUUGCGCAAAGGGUGGUUGCAUGACCGCUAUCUCACAAGGCUGCCUCAGGAUGCAGAGCAUUAAUGACACCACCGCAUGCAUUUUGACAAAGGAGCGGCAUUCUCUAAGCUACGAAUCAGUGUUUGGAGUUUACAGCCCGAGCAAGUAUUGAACACGCUCAGAGGGAGAAAAGCUGGAAUUUCCUCGUGACAUAGACGAAGUUAGCCCCACGGCCUACUCACAUUAGCCUCCCUGCUUUUGCUGACUGCCAUCCUCAAAUUGGAAUAACGGCUCCACUCAUUUGCAUGAAGUUGGUUAGCAGAGGUAGGCUGAAGCAUUUGAGAGAGCCUGCUGUGUAGGGGCAGGUUGACCAUGCAGCGAGAAUUUGGCGACAACUCUGUGGCAGUCGCCGUUGCGCCUCUGCCGAUCGCGCGGCCUGUCCCCAGGAUGGCAGCUCCUGCGCAGCCCCUGACGCAGGACGAGCUCGAAAUGCAGAAGUUGAUUGAACAAGUGUUAGGGAACCAGCCGUUGACACUUGGGGACUCUGCUGCACAGCAGGGCCCUAGCACAAGCGGCCCCCAGCACGUUGGUCACAGCAAAAAAGAGCGCAUGCUGCGGAGAGUACAGCAAGAAGAGGCAAAGAAUGCAUUGCUGCAGGCACAUCACGCCCCGACCACAAGCAGCGCAGACAUGAAGCCAGUGCUCGGAGUUCCGCCCCCCGGCUUCACGCACGGAAUGCCAUCGUUUUCGCCCUUUGGAUACUUCCCGCCCUUUGGAACCGCCGCGCCUCAGUUGCCGAUGGGAAAUGCGGCUCAGGAGGCCGCAGUCAAGCGGAUGCAGCGGCAGACGGCAGACCAGGAGAAGAAAAUCAAGCGGCGGCGAGUGCUGGAAGGCCCGAGCGCUUCCCGCCCCCCCUCGCUUCCCAUCCCCUCCCCGUUGUUGGGGGCUGCACCGCCUAGUGUUUCCACCCCCCGGUCUAGUUCGUCGGAGGGGAGCAACCCCCAGGUUGGUGAAGAGGCCGAGCCGGUCAUGCUGGACGGAGCGCCCCUGGUCGGGCUUCCCCCCGCUAAGGCCCUCGGACGAAAGAAAAGGUUGCUGCGCAACCGCGUAAGUGCCCAGCAGGCACGCGAGAAGAAGAAGCUGUUGCUGGCGCAGCUAGAGGCCAGGGUCGCGGACCUCGAGAGCAGAAACGCGAGCCUUGACGAGGAGGCCGCUGCGCUUGUUCAGCAAAACGAAGAGCUGAGGAGACGGGUUCGCGAGAACAUCCACAAGCCGGUUCAGAGUUACUAAGGCUCCCCUGUGAGCAAGGACGACGAUCAUGCCGACGUCAGCCGACACCGGCUGCACUCAAGAGACGAUGAGCCCGAUACAGCCCGCUACAGAAAGGUAUAUUCCUGGCACAACAGAAAGUCAGCAAACCUGCUGGUAUAUAGCCGUAGUCGAUCAAUACAUAAGCAGGAGCAUACGCAGCGGCUGCCACAUUGGCGGCAAAGAGCAUUCUCGCAUAAAUAAGGGGAGCCACGAUGUCGACGGGGCGUCGCCAAAUGUAAAGCUAUGAUCAGCGCCAAAGAAAAUGCUUUCUGAAGCGUUCAGUGGGUUGUCACCGGUAUCACGAGGUUCACACGCGGGCGUCGAAGGUCACCACGUUCCCGAAUGGAUGAAACAACAUUGAGACCAUUCGAACUUAACCCGUUGCUUGUUGUCGAAGGUUUGUUGCUUGUCAGGACCGCCUCUGUGGAUCAUCAGUAGGCGUUAGGGGAUAAUUGAAGUCGAGGUCAAAGGAAACCUUGUCUUAAGUUGGUCACAAGUUCUUAAGGUUACUUGCUCACACUCAUCAUCGAUUAGGCUGCAUCCCAGGUGGUUAAUUCUUGAGAAAAUCGUAAAGAAGACGUUCCUUUAGUUGAGUUCAAAGCGAUCGCUGCAGUUUUCCACUUGAACUUGUGAAUCUUUGCAACGAAGUUUGGUCAAGAGCUUUGAUUUCUACUGCCACAAGCUGUGCGUG